ACUCCAACUAGCGAUAUCGCCUCCGUCGCCUGGCAUACCGACUACACGCACCUCUACGAACGCUCGAAAUCCCACAAAAGCCCCCGAGUAAACCCAACCACCCACCCCAACCAUGUCCCGCCAUCAUCCCGACCUAGUAAUGUGCCGCAAGCAAGCCGGCAUCUCCAUCGGCCGGCUGUGCGACAAAUGCGACGGCAAAUGCCCCGUGUGCGACUCGUACGUGCGGCCCACGACGCUCGCCCGCAUCUGCGACGAGUGCUCCUUCGGCAACUACCAGAACAAAUGCGUCGUGUGCGGCGGCGAGGGCAUCUCGGACGCGUUUUACUGCUUCGAGUGUACGCGCCUCGAGAAAGAUAGAGAUGGGUGUCCGAAGAUUAUUAAUUUGGGGAGUUCGAGGACGGAUUUGUUCUACCAGAAGAAGAAUUUUAGGAAUCAUUAGGGGGGGUGUGGAUGAAUGGAUGGGUGGAUAGGAGAAUACUGGGGAGAUGGGUGGGGGGUGUGGACGUCGAAAAGACACGAUAAGAGUCGCAUCUAGCAAGGCGUUUCAGGAAAUUAUGCAUGAUAUGGGAGUUCUUGGGUUCAGAAAAGAUUCCAGGCUGGCUGGCUGGCGAUUUUACCGUAGUUAUUCAGACUCCAAAUGGUACAUUUGUGCUAUUUUCUCAGACAAUGAAUGCUUCCACUGACCAGCAC